AUGACUGAUUUGGGCUGCAAGAAACACAGCGAUUGCACCAUCUCCAGGCUGCUCAAUGUGGUGGAAAAUGAACUCCUGGCUGGCAGAGACAAAGGGGACCCUACUGAGAAACAGCUCCAGGUUAUCUUGGAAGAUUCUGCCCUGUGGCAGAGGUUCAGAGAAGUUACAAAUGAGAUGAUUGUCACGAAGAACGGCAGGCGGAUGUUUCCAGUUUUAAAGAUCAGCGUUUCAGGGUUGGAUCCAAAUGCCAUGUAUUCUUUUCUGCUGGAUUUUGCUCCAACUGACAGCCAUCGCUGGAAGUAUGUGAAUGGAGAAUGGGUUCCUGCUGGAAAGCCAGAGCCAUCGAACCACAGCUGUGUCUAUAUCCAUCCGGACUCACCCAACUUUGGAGCACACUGGAUGAAGGCCACAGUAUCUUUUAGCAAAGUGAAACUUACCAAUAAGCUGAAUGGCAAUGGGCAGAUUAUGUUGAAUUCCCUACAUAAAUAUGAGCCUCAAGUUCAUAUUGUUCGAGUAGGAGGCCCACACAGGAUGGUAAUGAAUUGUUCUUUUCCUGAAACUCAAUUUAUUGCUGUGACUGCCUACCAGAAUGAAGAGAUAACAGCUCUCAAAAUCAAAUACAACCCUUUUGCCAAGGCAUUUCUGGAUGCAAAAGAAAGAAACCACUCCAAGGAUGCUCCAGAUAUUGUCUCUGAAAGUCAGCACAUGACAUAUUCUCACUGGAGUUUUUCUCUGCCUGCUCCACAUUCUCAUCAUGGCUGUGAACACUAUUCAGCUCUUCGAGGACACAGAGCCGUUCCAUAUCCUGCUUCGUACAUGCAAAAAAAUAAUUAUCCAGGCAAGUUCUUGUCAUUGAAUUUGACAGAAAAUGCCAACAGUGAUUUCCAAGUGUCCCCAGGCCAUGAAGGCUGGCCUACAGGACCCUCCAGUCACCAUAACAACCUGCUCCCAGUGCCACACAAUAGUGGUACUACCACUCCAGGCCCUAGUCACUACCCUUGCCUUUGGACUGUCAGCAACAAUGCGGUCAAUGUUGCCAACCUGGCAAGUGAUGUCAGCAGCAGCUCUCCAUUCCUGCGAAGCAGCAUUGUAUUGCCUGCCCCAUCCUCAUCUGGGUUAUCAGGCACAGUUGCCAGCAGCAUGGAAGCACAGCUGGAACCUGCUUUCUCCAGAUUAACUGAUUCGACUUGGACACCUGUAACCUCUCGUUCCUUCUAGUGGGCUGUGGGAAGGAGCACACGAUCACCCAGCAACAGAACUGAAGGCUGCCAUAGCAUAGGAA